UGUGCGCCGCCAUGCCUGAGUAAGGCAAAACAGAUGACGUAGCCACCGCGUGGCCAAUCAGAGCUUCCUACGUUCGCGAGUUCAAUGGUCACUCGAGACGGAAGUGGAAUACUCCAAGUAGAAGACUAAGGGGUGUGUGUGAUGUCAGCGCGUUUGUACAGCAAGGUGUUGGGCUUUCUGGGCUACACCCUUCAGUACAGCUGCAUCGCUCACUGCACGUUCGAGUACGUUGGAGAGUUUGUCGUGUGUUCAGGGCCAUCAAUGGAGCCAACCAUCACCAAUCACGACGUUGUUUUUUCAGAACGCCUCAGCAGACACUUAUACCGCAUCGAGAAAGGGGACAUUGUGAUUGCUAAGAGCCCAUUUGACCCGAACAUGAACAUCUGUAAACGUGUUAUUGGACUGGAAGGAGAUAAAGUCUGCACCAGUGGCCCCUCAGAUACAUUUAAGACACACACUUUUGUCCCAAGAGGUCACGUGUGGCUGGAAGGUGAUAAUUUACAGAACUCUACAGACUCACGAAGUUACGGCCCCGUUCCCUACGGACUCAUACGAGGACGAGUGUGUUUAAAGUUGUGGCCUCCACACAGCGUCGGCACGUUAACCGAGAGUCCUAACGCCGGACGCAUUUUACGCACUGAAUAACAGCAACCACAAAGACAUACUUUUUUUAAUAAUAAUCUGAUAUUCAGGUCUGUGAAUUCAGGACAUCUCAGCUGCCUGGUCGUACCCGUGACCUGCCUGGAGCAGAUGUGAUCCAUAAACCCACACACAUUCCUUUUAUCUUCACACACUUCACAGGCACCAUAUAAUCAAACUCUUACUCAAUAAAAGUGGUAGCAGGAUACCGGAAAAAUACAAUACAGGUAUUAAGAUACAAAGGAAUUUACAUUUAAAUGGUCAAAAAGUAACACAUAAGUGUAAUAUUUUUUCUUUCUGGUGGUGUGAUGUGGCAGUCCUGACACACAGAUGAAUUAUUUAUGGUUUCAUUUUACACUGAUAUGAAUUUGACUUUUUUAAUAAUAUAAAUGUCAAUAAAAAUAAAAUGUACUGAAUUUGCAUUUG